CCGCGCGGCGGCGCGCGCAGGGAAGAUGGCGGCGCCCAGCGCGGCGGGGCUGGGCCGGCGGCUGCGGGCCUGGCUGCCCCGGAUAAUGCCGGUGAGAUGGAACCGCUACGACCCCAGCUACCUGGAGCCAGAAGUGAAAAAGGAAUCGUAUCAGAGACCUUUGGAGGAGCUGACUGAGGAGGAGAGGGAACAAAUGGAGCUUAAGGCUGUUCGACCAAUCAAAGCUGCUCCUCCCACUCUCUCCAGUUCCGUGUUCAGCGACCCUAUGAUCAGUAAAUUCACCAAUAUGAUGAUGAAGAGUGGAAAUAAAGUGCUAGCUAGAAACCUCAUGUCUCAGACUCUGGAGAACAUUAAAAGGAAGCAGCUGGAGAAGUACCACAAAGCUCCAGAAAAUGAGAAGGAGACAAUUGAAUGCAACCCCUACGUAAUUUUCCACCAGGCUCUCAAGAACUGCCAGCCCAUCAUCGGGCUUAGCAACAUCACCAGAGGAGGCAAAACCUACCAGGUGCCCGUCCCGCUGACGGACAAUCGCAAGCGCUUCCUGGCCAUGAAGUGGUUGAUCACGGAGUGCAGGGAGAACAAACACCGCCGGACAAUGAUGCCAGAAAAGCUCUCCCAGGAACUGCUCCUGGCCUUCAACAACGAGGGGCCUGUCAUCAAGAGGAAGCACGUCCUGCACAAGAUGGCAGAGGCCAACCGGGCGUACGCUCACUUCCGCUGGUGGUAGGGACCCUGCGUGGGACACGCUGCCACGGCCUGGAGAGCAGAGCCCCAGGCUGCCAGCCUGGGAGAGGGAGAGGUGGAACAUCCCUCGCAGGCAGCUUCUGAUCUAACCCAGGAAAAGCUCACACCAUCCCCACAAGGCUGUUUUUCUUUGUGCUUGUUUGGAUGGGGGAAGGGGGAAUCUGAGUUACCAGCCCCAGCAGGGGCUGCUCCAGUUAUUUCAUAAUCACUUCCCUAUGAAGACAAGCCUUAGAUGUUUUUCUUUCAGCUAAACAAAACCAUCUUUCACUUACCUGUUUCCUGGGGAUCUGAAAGUCUCUCUGCUCCUCAAAUCAGCAGUGUUUUUGACUGCAGAGCUGGAUCCUCUUCCACAGGGAUUGGUACAAGAGGAAAUAAAAGGCCCUUUUUGAUUUUUGGUUUUGGUCAGCAGCAACAUGGUUUGCACAGAUUUGAUGGGAAUGUUGACAAAAUAAAACCAGUUUUAUGAGAAAGGUUUCCCGAUUCCA